AUGAAGAGUGGCGCGAUCUUCGUGUACGAUCAAUCCACAUGUCAGGAAAGGCUGGUGCUACAACACAAAGCCCAUGGAGAGGACUCCCUGAGUGUUCCACAUGUGAAUGCAAAGGUACCUCAGGCUGUAAGACUGUUGGCCUUCGACUCUUCAGAUAUGAGACUCGCUUCUGCCAGCACUCAUUCAAUAUGUGUCUGGUCCAUUGGCGGAGAGCUGCUGCAUAUGUUUCUUCUGCAAGACUCGUGUGUCUUACUGGAAUUUUCUCCGGAACAGAAUGGGGUUAUUGGGGUCACUCGGUCAAGCCAGAUUUUCCGCUGGAAUCUCUUAGAAGCGGAAGAGGAGCUGUUCGUUCCCAGAGUGUACAUCAGGCGACAGUCCCCUGGAAAUACAAGGCAGGAAAAACAGGUCCUUCCUUGCCAAGCACCUCUCGCCGCUGCUGUCUCACCAGAUCGGUCAUUGCUGGCACUGUUAUAUAGGGGGAGACCGAUAUAUCUCUACAACCUCGAAGACGAUGCGAUCAUUGGCCAGUGUGGCAGAGACGUCGGUUCGAAGGUGCCAAAUAUUUCGGUGCAAACGGCACUGUUCAACCCAAAUCCAGAGCUCAAUCUACUAGCCGUGGCAUAUCAAGAUGGAGAGCUUGCAAUAUACGAUUCCUGCACGCAGAACGAGCUCGUGAAGGUGGAUGGUGAUGCAUAUUCGCUUGCUGCAAGUCCAGAUGGUCGAACCCUGGGAUCUGGAAACACUCGUGGGACGAUCAAUCUCUGGGAUUUUCAGACUCUUUGCUUGUUAUACUCGAUAAAAAGUGGCCUUGACGAGGUACGAAGACUAUCCUUCACGGGAGAUGGACUUCGAGUUGUCGAUAUACGUGAUUCGAGAACGAAAAUCUGGGAGCCAAGUGCCCUUGUACGCCGGUCCGUAGAAGAAGACGCCAAUAUGAGCGACGCCGCAGUCCUGGACGCCCCGGUGGUUGGUGCCAACGAUGACAUUAUUUCCAUCACAGCCAUGUGCCCGGAUGAGACGGGAGAAUUUGUUUUCGCCGGGCGUGAUGAUGGAUCCGUCGUGGCGUACGCAGUCAGUACAGGCCUGUUCCAUUCCGAGGUCCAUUCUCACUCACACGGAAUGUUGAUCACAAAAAUCGCGUUUCAAAAUGGCUUGCUUGCAAGUGCGGAUGUAGGGGGUCGAACCAUCAUGUGA